AUGGAGUCAAAUGUGGUAGACAGUACCUCUGAUGAUGCCAUGGACGCAUUCUUGGAAAAAUUCCGGAGCCAACCUUACCGCGGCGGUUUCCACGAGGACCAGUGGGAAGAGGAGUUUGACAAAAUCCCCCUCUUUAUGAAGAAAGCACCAUUAGAAAUUGAUCCGAAAGAGAAUCCUGACUUGGCUUGCCUUCAGUCAAUUAUUUUCGAUGAUGAACGAUCUCCAGAAGAACAGGCCAAGACAUACAAAGAUGAGGGCAAUGAUUACUUUAAAGAGAAGAACUAUAAGAAAGCUGUAAUUUCCUACACUGAGGGAUUGAAGAAGAAAUGUGCCGACUCUGAUUUGAAUGCUGUCCUUUAUACCAACCGAGCAGCAGCACAGUACUACCUGGGCAAUUUUCGUUCUGCUCUCAAUGAUGUGAUGGCUGCCAGGAAGCUGAAACCCUGCCACCUGAAGGCAAUAAUAAGAGGUGCCUUAUGCCAUCUAGAAUUGAAAAAUUUUGCUGAGGCUGUGAUCUGGUGUGAUGAAGGACUGCAGAUAGAUGCCAAAGAGAAGAAGCUUCUGGACAUGAGGGCUAAAGCAGACAAGCUGAAGCGAAUUGAGCAGAGGGAUAUAAGGAAAGCAAAAUUGAAAGAAAAGAAGGAGCAUAAUCAGAAUGAGAUUUUAAUUCGGGCUAUCAAGGCUAGAAACAUCCAGUUAGUUUCUGAAACUGCUGAUGAAGAUGAAGAUUCUGCCUCUGAAGAUGUGGGUGAACUGUCCUUGGACAGGCUCAUCUCUGAAAACCCCUAUGGGGCCAGAGUGAAUCUAGAUGACCAGGGCAGGCUGAACUGGCCUGUGCUUUUUCUGUACCCAGAAUAUGCCCAGUCGGACUUCAUCUCUGCCUUUCACGAGGACACAAGGUUCAUUGAUCAUCUAAUGGUGAUGUUUGGUGAAAUCCCCUCUUGGGAUUUGGAGCAAAAAUACUGCCCUGAUAACUUAGAGGUCUACUUUGAAGAUGAGGAGAGGGCAGAACUUUACCGGGUGCCUGUUGAGAGCACCCUGCUACAGAUGUUGCAGCACCCUAGGUACUUUAUAAAAGCCCUGACACCAGCAUUUUUGGUCUGUGUUGGAUCCUCUGCUUUUUGCAAGAAUUAUCUCCGGGGGAGGAAAGUGCACCAGAUGAAAUGA